GUUAAAUAAUGACAUUUAUAAUUUAACAGUUAGAUUUUUCAGUGGCGCAGUUAAACGACGUCGUUCCGCAGCUGAUUUCCAGUUCCCGGUCCUUGAACUUCUCAUUUCUGUUUCUUCUAUAAACCCCUGCAACUACGACGAGAUCCCACUGUCACUCCGUUUUUUGCUAAAUUCACAGGAGCAACAAUGUUGCCUCGCUCCAUUAUCUUCUUCUCUCUCAUCACUCUCCUCCUCUUCUCUAAACUCUCUCCAUCUCUCUCCAAGACUCAAAACGACAAGGUUGAAGACGACGACGAUCUCAGCUUCCUCGACGAUGAAAAUGAUAAAAACGGCGCCUCCUCUCACGACGUCCGUUACCCCGGUUUUCACCAGUUUGAGGGAUAUGAAAUUGAUGGCGACGACUUUGAUGACUAUUCUGAUUUCGACGAUUCAGAGAAGGAGCCUGAAAUUGACGACACGGACGUCGUCGUUUUGAAGGAAAGGAAUUUCAGUGGUUUUAUUGAUAAGCUUAAGUUUGUUAUGGUGGAAUUUUACUCGCCGUGGUGUGCUCACUGUCAGGCGCUGGCUCCUGAGUAUGCGGAGGCAGCUGCGGAGCUGAAGGAAGAGGGCGUGGUGUUGGCGAAAGUGGAUGCUACUGAGGAGACUGAGUUGGCGCUGGAGUAUGAUAUUCAAGGGUAUCCUACUAUCUACUUCUUCAUUGAUGGAGUGCACAAGCUCUAUACCGGGGAGAGGAGCAAGGAUGCUAUUGUGACCUGGAUCAAGAGGAAAAUAGGGCCUGCUAUACACAACAUUACUACAUUGGAUGAUGCUGAACGCGUUUUGACAUCCGAUAGUAAACUUGUUCUGGGCUACCUCAAUUCUUUGGUGGGUCCUGAAAGUGAAGAGCUUGCUGCUGCAUCCAGACUAGAAGAUGAUGUCAAUUUCUACCAAACUGUAAAUCCUGAUGUGGCAAAGCUUUUCCAUUUUGACCCCAAAGUGAAACGCCCUGCUUUAAUCAUGAUUAAGAAGGAGGCCGAGAAACUGAGUUACUUCGAUGGUAACUUUUCAAAGUUGGAAAUAAUCGAGUUUGUGCUUGCUAACAAGCUUCCUUUGGUGACCACUUUUACUAGAGAAAGUGCCUCUUCAGUUUUUGAGAAUCCAAUUAAGAAACAGCUGUUGUUAUUUGCAACUUCAAAUGAUUCAGAGAAAAUUAUCCCAAUAUUUCAAGAAGCAGCUAAAUUGUUCAAGGGAAAGCUUAUCUUUGUUUAUGUUGCAUUGGACAAUGAAGAAGUCGGGAAGCCUGUUGCAGAUUAUUUUGGUGCCUCUGGAAAUGAACCCACAGUUGUUGCUUACACAGGAAAUGAUGAUAGUAGGAAGUUUGUACUCAGCGAGGAAGUGAGCUUGGAUAAGAUAAAGUUUUGUCCUAUCACCCCUCAGACAUUUGCAGAGGAGUUUCUUGAAGACCAGCUUAAACCUUUUUUCAAGUCCGACCCAAUUCCUGAAACUAAUUAUGGUGAUGUCAAAAUAGUAGUCGGGAAUAACUUUGAUGAACUUGUGCUGGACGAGUCUAAAGAUGUUCUCCUUGAGAUCUAUGCACCAUGGUGUGGACAUUGCCAAACUUUAGAGCCAACAUACAACAAGCUUGCCAAACAUUUGCGGGGCAUUAAAUCUCUUGUUAUAGCCAAGAUGGAUGGGACAAGAAAUGAGCAUCCUAGGGCAAAGGCUGAUGGAUACCCCACCAUUCUAUUCUUCCCUGCUGGAAACAAGAGCUUUGAACCACUUACUGUAGACACUGAUCGUACUGUAGUAGCAUUAUACAAGUUCAUAAAGGAACAUGCAUCCAUCCCCUUCAAGCUUCGAAAGCCAGCUUCAACCCCAAAAUCUAAGAGUUCUUCUGAUGCAGAAGGGAGUCAGAAGAGCAGCAUCAAGAAUGUGAAGGAUGAAUUGUGAGGAACAGGGAAUUUUGCUGUGGACUCGAAUACAAAGGAAGGAAAAAAGAAAUGGUACAGAAAUAAUUUUACUAAUAUAGUCGGAAGGAAGUAGGAAUUAAAUGAGUAUAUUCACAUAACGAGGCGUAGUCAUUUUCUCGGUCUUUUUCUAGGGAGUAUUUUAUAUUAAUUGAAUUUUCUUAGUUUAGUCGGUGUUUUUAGUAUUUUAUUUUGUCUCAAUGGCUCUCCAUGAUGGUGAUUUUGUUUCUUUUUUUGAGAAGAUGGCGAAUUUUUAAUAUUUGAAGUGAAGGAAAACGAGGCUCCAUGUGCAUUUGGUCCA